AAGAACAAACUAAAAAUGGAGCUUACUCACAUUUUAAUCCUCUCUUCUCUCUUUCUACUACUUAUCUCCAUCAGAUUCUUGCUCACAAGAUCCAAACCUAAACUAAAACUUCCACCGUCUCCUGCCAUCUCCUUACCGGUUCUCGGCCACCUCCACCUCUUCAAGACACCACUCCACCGAUGGUUCCUUUCCCUCUCCAAAUCCAUAGGAAAUGCUCCAAUCUUCCACUUACGUCUAGGAAACCGCCUUGUUUGUGUCAUCACCACACGUUCCAUGGCCGAAGAAUGUUUCACCAAGAACGACGUUGUUUUCGCUGACCGUCCUAGUUUCAUCGCGGCCAAACACGUCGGCUACAACACCACCGAUAUAUUUUGGGUAUCUUACGGCGAUCACUGGAGGAAUCUCCGCCGCAUCGCCGCCUUAGAGUUAUUCUCGACUCAGAGACUUAAUUCCUUUUUGUAUAUCCGUAAAGACGAGAUCAGACGGCUCAUCUCACGUCUUUCUCGAGACUCCUUAAACGGCUUUGUGGAGGUUGAGAUGAAACCACUUAUAACCAAUUUGACAUCUAACAACAUCAUCAGAAUGGUGGCCGGGAAGCGCUACUACGGUGAGGAAACCCAAGAAGCUAAAUCCGUGAGGCAACUUGUGGCGGAGGUGGUGAAUGCCGCCGGUGCUGGGAACCCAGCUGAUUAUCUUUCGGUUGUACGUUGGUUCACCACUUUUGAAAAACGAAUGAAGAACUUGGGGAAGCGGUGUGAUGCGUUUUUGCAGAGAAUUGUUGACGAGAAACGUGCAGAUAAAGAAAAAGGUGAAAGUAUGAUGGAUCGCUUGCUUUCUCUCCAAGAAACCCAACCUGAUUACUAUACGGAUGACAUCAUCAAAGGACUCAUACUCAGUAUGACAGUUGGAGGGACGGAUACCUCAGGGACGACAUUAGAAUGGGCGAUGUCAAACCUGUUGAACCAUCCAGAAAUACUUAAAAAGGCCAGAAUCGAAAUAGAUGACAAAAUUGGUUUUGACCGGUUAGUAGAGGAACCAGAUAUUGUGAAUCUCCCUUAUCUCCAAAGCAUUUUGUCGGAAACACUACGUUUGUAUCCUGUGGUUCCGCUACUACUACCUCAUUUGUCAUCGAGUGAUUGUAAAGUAGCAGGAUACGAUAUCCCACGUGGUACGAUGUUGUUGACUAACGUGUGGGCUAUGCACAGAGAUCCAACGUUAUGGGAGGAUCCGGAGAUGUUUAAGCCAGAAAGAUUUGAAAAAGAAGGAGAGGCUGAGAAGCUAUUGCCAUUUGGGAUGGGACGAAGAGCUUGUCCUGGAGCCGUACUUUCUCAACGGUUAGUGAGCCUGGUUGUUGCAAGUUUGAUUCAGUGUUUUGAGUGGGAAAGGGUUGGGGAGGAACUUGUGGACAUGACCGAAGACAAAGGAAUCACGUUGCCUAAAUUAGUGCCAUUGAGAGCCAUGUGCAAAGCACGUCCCAUUGUUGGUAAAAUGAUGUCCUAAAAAUUUAUCUUUUUUUUUUCUCUUUAACAGCUUUCGUUGUGUUCUAAAUAAAUGUCUAUCUACCAUCUUUUUUGUUUCAAAAAAAUGUUACUUUACAUUUUCAAUGUAAUUUUUUACAUCUAAUCUCUUUAUUACCCUUUUAA